GCCCGGUGGCGGCGGGCGCAGGGAGGCAGCCCCGCUCCGGGACCGGCUCCUGCACCGGCACCGGCUCCUGCACCGCUUCCAGCACCCUCAGCAUCCUCGGUAGCCCCGGGCAGGGCCGUGGCGAGCUUCUGGACGAUGGGAAGGCGGCGAGAGGCGGUGGCGGUGGCCGGGCGGCUGGCGCAGCCCGUCCCCAGCGGCAUGGAGCCCGGCGCCGGUGCAGAAUGAAGGGUGCGCGGCGCCCCCCCCCGCAGACAUGUCUGUGCCUUUACUCAAGAUUGGAGUGGUCCUCAGCACCAUGGCCAUGAUCACCAACUGGAUGUCGCAGACGCUGCCCUCCCUCGUGGGGCUCAACACCACCAAACUCACGGCGGCCUCGGGCGGCACCUUGGAUCGCAGCACGGGAGUGUUGCCUACCAACCCAGAGGAAAGCUGGCAGGUCUACAGCUCUGCCCAGGAUAGCGAGGGACGUUGUAUAUGCACAGUGGUGGCACCUCAACAGACGAUGUGCUCGCGUGAUGCCAGGACAAAGCAGCUGAGACAACUAUUAGAAAAGGUGCAAAACAUGUCCCAGUCGAUAGAGGUGUUGGACAGGCGGACUCAGAGAGACCUACAGUACGUGGAGAAGAUGGAAAACCAGAUGAGGGGACUGGAAUCCAAAUUCAAGCAAGUGGAAGAAAGCCACAAGCAGCACCUGGCAAGGCAGUUUAAGGCAAUAAAAGCGAAAAUGGAGGAACUUAGGCCUUUGAUACCAGUGUUGGAAGAGUACAAAGCCGAUGCAAAAUUGGUAUUGCAGUUUAAAGAGGAGGUCCAGAAUCUGACGUCAGUUCUAAACGAACUCCAGGAAGAGAUUGGCGCCUAUGACUACGAAGAGCUUCAGAACAGAGUGUCAAAUCUUGAAGAAAGGCUUCGUGCAUGCAUGCAAAAAUUAGCUUGUGGCAAGCUGACAGGAAUCAGUGACCCCAUCACAAUUAAAACCUCGGGCUCCCGGUUCGGAUCGUGGAUGACGGACCCACUCGCCCCAGAGGGAGAGAACAAGGUCUGGUACAUGGACAGCUACCACAACAACCGCUUCGUCCGCGAAUACAAAUCCAUGGCAGAUUUCAUGAAUACCGACAACUUUACCUCUCACCGUCUCCCUCACCCAUGGUCAGGCACCGGUCAAGUGGUCUACAACGGCUCUAUCUAUUUCAAUAAAUACCAAAGCCACAUAAUUAUCAGGUUUGACUUGAAAACAGAGACCAUUCUCAAGACUCGCAGCCUGGAUUAUGCCGGCUACAACAACAUGUACCACUACGCCUGGGGUGGCCACUCGGACAUUGACCUCAUGGUGGACGAGAACGGGCUGUGGGCCGUCUACGCCACCAACCAGAACGCGGGCAACAUCGUCAUCAGCAAGCUGGACCCCAACACCCUGCAGAGCCUCCAGACCUGGAACACCAGCUACCCGAAACGCAGUGCCGGGGAGGCCUUCAUCAUCUGCGGCACGCUCUACGUCACCAACGGCUACUCGGGAGGAACCAAGGUGCACUACGCCUACCAGACCAACGCCUCCACCUACGAGUACAUCGACAUCCCGUUCCAAAACAAGUACUCGCACAUUUCCAUGUUGGACUACAACCCCAAGGAUCGGGCCCUCUAUGCCUGGAACAACGGGCACCAAAUACUUUACAAUGUCACCCUCUUCCACGUCAUCAGGUCUGAUGAGUUGUAGUCCAUCCUUGUUUAGAAACUGAUUUAGAAAAAAAAAAAUAAAAAGGAAAAAAGGGAGAAACAAAUUAAAAAGAAAUACUAAUAUCGAGGAAACACACUUUAAAUAAGUAAAUAAAUAAACAGCUGCCAAAAUUAAGACCAACGUCAUGGAGGAUUAUGCAGCAUAAACCUGACAUAUCAGCAUUACCUCUACAUUUCUAGAAGUCUGGCCCUGUGUUAUAGACUCACGACUAACCAUGUACUUGCAGCUGGAACUGCACCUGAAGAACCACUUAAGUUUGGGGUUUUGUUUUGUUUCUGUUCCGAUAGCAAAUCUAUAGUACAUACUAAAGCAGUAAGGCAAUGACUGUUGGAAGUUUAUCCUUGGGAGACUUGCUCUCUUCUGUGUGUGGGUUGCAUGGACAUUUUCCGACAUCACGGUCAGCUGUGAUGGAUGUGUGAUUUGUAUUUCUAAGCAGAAAAGCUGACCCGUGAGGAGCUCUCGCUGUCUGAACAAGACCUAUCACAGGUUAGUUUUAUUCGCCUUCCAUUGCAGCUACUGUCUCUCAACUGUGUUCUUGUCACUUAGAUUAACUGUGCUGAGACCCGAAGUAGCUCAUGGAUCUGUGUCUUAGUAACUAUUAAACACGAUGGUUUAAGUAUGUAUUAUGAACAAGUUGUUGUACCCAUAUUGUUUGAACUUAUGUAUUCAGCAAAUAUAUUGUAUAAUGUAUGUCUGUUAUUUACCAGAGGUGGCAAAACUUUGUAUGUCCAGUUUAUGCAAUGAAUGUUGUAAAUGCAAUGAUGUAGUUUGGAUUAAUAAAUGAUGGUUUUGUUUCUAAAAAGAAAAAAAGAUCAGUGUUCACCCUUAUACACAGAUAACCAAUUUCAUGUUGAUAAUUACAAGAAUAUUCUCUUACUGUUAUAAUAUCUACAUAGCAUUAUGGUGGUUGGAAAUUGCUUCCGUGGAAAUUCUGUGGCAUCAGAUUUCCAUGGAAAGCUCUGUUUAUGGAAGUGUGAAGGUAAUUAAUUUUUUUUAAGAGGAAAACUUUGUACUAUCCACAGUUAUCUAAGGAACAAUAAAAAUAUUAGGAGACUUCCCUGCUUUGGUCAUUGCGUGUUCUGUGUACGAGUGGCCAGGUGCAUGGGGGCAGGAUACAGGAAGUAUUGUGGGGUUUGGGGUGAUGGUUGAGCAACCGUCCUGACUUUCUUUAUGUCUGGAGUCAAGUACUACCCGAUGCCCAGCUGUGGCUGGGAAGCAGAGGCUGGAGGCUUUGGCUCUCUCCUCGAGCUGCUUGGUGCAACUGGGUCAUUUUCCUUCUAAGGCACUUAGAGCGCUUCUCAUCAUGAUCUUGCUAGUCUUACACCAGUAAAAGUCUUCCAUCUCAUGCAGCCAGCACCGUAAUGCUUAUUAUAACAAGCAACAGUUGCUGCUGGGGCCUGAGCACUCCACACAAUCAUUCAUCCUGUUUUUGCCAAGGCGGAGACCUCACGGCGUUGCAGACUGCUGCAAUAUGGCAGCACGCACCUCGAGAUGAUCCAGGGCGUUUUUCCAGCUGAACGCUCCUAAAGCUUUUAAUAUUUGGAGCUGAGGAUGCCGGAUGCUAACGUGCUCAUCUCAAGCACCUUUAAUAAAUCCCACGUGUCCCUGCUAUCCCCUCACACGUUUCUACCUUGUGCUCUCCCCACGGGCAGGGCUCUUUCUACCAGGAACCCUGCACCAAGUCGGGUCACUGCUGCCAUUGCCCUGGGUCCCUGCAGGUGCCUGCAGGCAGAACAAUGAUUAGAAUGCUCCCACACUGCAUGGGGAAAGGGGAAGGCCUCAUCCUGCCUUCGCUGCCCAGCCAAGGAGCCCCUGUGCUACAGCUCACGUGCAGCUGGUGUUCUUGGGAGCCCUGCAAACGGUGCAAAGGUGCCAUUAGACCAUUGCCUCUUUUUCUGAGCAGCCUAUUUUCAGCUAAGUGGUAUGUGAACAGCUAUGCUUGCUGCUGAGGUUCAGCCUUCAAACUCAGCGGACUGGAGUGUUCGGGCCCGUGGAAGGAGAGAGGCUCACCGAUGUCAGGAAAUGGAAUAUAAGCAAUAGGUGAUUGCUGCUAAUUGCGUGUGUGGAUUUCAACCUCUCGGCC